GUACUCCGGGCGUAGGGAAGACCACGCUCGGGAAAGAGCUUGCGGCAAGGUCGGGGAUGACCUACAUUAAUGUGGGGGACAUGGCCAGAGAAGGAGAACUGUAUGAAGGUUUUGAUGAGGAAUACGAUUGUCCGAUUUUGGAUGAAGACAGGGUAAUUGAUGAACUGGAGGAUAAAAUGAGUGAAGGUGGAGUUAUCGUUGAUUAUCACGGCUGUGACUUUUUCCCUGAACGGUGGUUUCACAUAGUAUUUGUACUUCGUACAGAAAAUUCCUAUCUGUAUGACAGACUUGAAAGCAGGGGCUACAAAGGGAAAAAGCUGCAAGACAACAUUCAGUGUGAAAUUUUUCAGACACUUUAUGAGGAAGCUAUGUUGUCAUACAGAGAGGAAAUCGUACACCAGUUACCCAGCAACACUCCAGAAGACCUAGAGAGAAAUUUGGAUCAGAUUAUGCAAUGGAUUGAGCAAUGGAUGAAGGACAACAACUGA